CAUAUAGUUCUCUCAAUACCAAUACUUAUUUCCCUUCUCUCAUCUCUCAGCAUCCAUUGUUGAUUCCAUCAUAUAUCUUUUCUUCUCUUUCUCAAAAUAAUUAUCAUAUUUUAUUCUCUCCUUUUCUAUCUUAUGGACUCACACAAACAACUUUUCAUCUUCCUAUGUUAUUCUCUAGUACUUGUACAUCUCUCAGGGCUAGAAGUAGAGGCUAGUCGUCACCUCAAACAUCAUCCUUCAAAAGAGUUGUUCAUUUUUGGAGACUCAUAUGUUGAUGCUGGCAACACUCCAAAAAGCGAUCUUGGUCCAUGGAAAAAACCUUAUGGCAUAACCUUUCCCGGAAAACCUGCCGGAAGAUUCUCCGAUGGGAGAGUUUUAUCUGACUUUAUUGCCAAGUAUCUGGGAUUGAGAUCACCGAUUCCCCACAAAUUCAGGAAUAUUGUACCUAAGAAUUAUUUGAAGUAUGGAAUGAACUUUGCAUAUGGUGGUACAGGUGUAUUUGAUACAUCCAUUUCAGGUCCAAAUCUCACUACUCAAAUCAAUUCCUUCAACCAACUUGUUCAAGAACAUGUUUAUACUCAAUCAGAUAUCACAAAAUCUAUUGCUUAUGUAUCUGUUGCUGGAAAUGAUUACAGUCAUUACUUGGCCACAAAUGGCUCUAUCCAGGGUUUUCCAUCUUUCAUUGCCUCAGUGGUUAAACAAACAACCACCAAUUUGGUUCAACUCCAAAAGUUAGGGUUUAAGAGAAUUGUUGUUGGUGCUUUACAACCCCUUGGUUGUCUUCCUAGCGCGACUGCUCAAACAUCAUUCCGAAGUUGCGACAACACAUCUAGUGACCUUGUAGCUCUCCACAACAAUCUGUUGAACCAGUCUGUGACAAAGUUGAACCAAGACACCAAUGAUCACACUACCUUUGCAAUUCUAGACAUUUUCGACAGUUUCACGUCUGUGUUGAAUAACCCUUCAAGCCAUAACAUCACGGAACGUUUUAAGCCAUGUUGUUUUGGAGUAAGCAGUGAGUAUAAUUGUGGAAGUGUAGAUGAGAAUAAUGUUAAGAAAUAUUUGGUUUGUGAAAAUCCGGAAUCUACUUUCUUUUGGGAUCGGUCGCACCCAACACAAGCAGCUUGGAAUGCUGUGUAUAAUGACUUGAAGACAAAAAGUCUUGGUCAAAUUUUAUACUAG